AUGUUCAACCUUAGUAACAACCAAUCAAAAACCACUAUAUUUUCAUUUAUCAUCAGUGUACCUGUGCUAUUUGCUGUAAUUAUUGCUAUUGUUGCUCUAUCCGUGAUUCCAGUUUAUUUACCGGCGAAAUCAGUAACAUUAAAUUCUAAUACAAGACAAAGUAAUGAGAUCACAAUCUAUCUCAAUACUGGCAUUCCUGUUACUGAACGACGAAAACGGCAAGCUGUCGCAAGUUCUUCAAUAGGCAAUUGUAUAGGAUGUAAAAUUCCACCUUCCAACCUCUCACCAAUUGAAAAAAAACUGAAUGACAUAAUGAAACAAAAUAAUAAUGCCAGAACAGCAAGUGUAACUAGCGGUACAGUUCAAGCGGUUUCCCAACAAGAGCGCUCCUUAUCUCCAAAAUUUCAGUCUCUAUCAGUAAUCUUGGUGGUAAAGUUUCAUAUUGUAUAUGAACAACGUUGUAGCUAUUCAUGUCAAGUUCGUACUGGCCCUCAAGUUCGAACCGCGAUUGAAACAGAUGUAUCACUUUCUAACUUUAAUUUGACUAAUGUUCCUCUGUAUACUUCGACUGAAGAAUUUUGGGGAAUCUUAGAUUCAAUUCCGAUUGUUGGGGUUUCAUACGUGUCACCUAUAGUUCCUGCAUCGACUUCUUCAUCUUUAAUAGCUGCACCUGCAACUGUUUCGAUAUCUACAACUGCUUUUCAAACAUCAACAAUCGGUCCAAUCGUGUUAAAUACCACAGUAACAACUAAUGUAGUAUUGACGAACAUCACAACGACAACGAGUGCUACCAGUGCAACGAAUUCAACGACUGUUGUCAGUCCACCGAGAAAAGAAUGUCAACGCACUUUUAUAUCAGUAGUACAUAAUUCUAUCAGCUAUGAUUCACGUCCACGGUCAUUCGUCGUUGCGGAUUUAAAUCAAGAUACACAACUUGACUUAGUAGUUACCGAUUCGGGAACAGAUAAUAUCGGAGUCUUCUAUGGCUAUGGAAAUGGAACGUUUAGCAAUCAAACGAUAUUUUCAACUGGAGCAGAAUGUCAACCAUAUUCUGUUGCUGUUGGCGACUUCGACCAAGAUAACCGAAUUGAUAUCAUAGUCGCAUGUCAUGGUACAAAGAGUCUUGCUCUUCUUUCCGGGCUUGAUAGCGGAAUUUACCUUCUUGAAAGAACAUUUUCACUACAUUCUUCUAGUUCAAUGUCAAUUGUUGCUGCUGAUUUCAACCAUGAUGGUAGAUUGGAUGUCGCCGUCGCGAACUAUGAUACGAGUAAUGUUAGUAUUCAUCUUGGAUCUGGCGAUGGCUUCUUCGAAGAGCGCACAACUUAUUGGACUGGUUACGAUUCUCUUCCAUAUUCUCUUGCUAUCGGUGAUGCGAACGAUGAUACUCAUAUGGAUAUUGUUGUUGUCAACUCUGGUACUAGCACCGUCGGCAUACUACUCGGACUUGGAAAUGGAUCGUUCACCAUGCAGCAAAUGCUGACAACUGGCUAUCGUUCCUAUCCUUUAUCCGUGUCUGUUGGCGAUAUUAAUAAUGAUACGCAUCUAGAUAUCGUCGUUGCUAAUCCCGACACAGAUAACAUCGGUGUUUUCUUCGGCUAUGGGAAUGGUACUUUUCAACGAGUGUCAUUAUUUUCAACUGGCUCUGGCUCACGUCCGAUUUCAGUUACAAUCGGAUAUUUUACGGAUGAUGACCAGCUAGAUAUUGCUGUGGUUACUAGUAACACUAGUGCUGUAAUCAUUGUUCAACGAUCACUAAAUGGCAGCUUUUCGAACACACAUAUCGAUACCGUCAGCUCAGGAUCUGAUUCACAAUACAUCGGUACUGGUGAUUUCAACAAUGAUCACCGAUUAGAUAUUGCCGUAAGCAAUGAUGUGGAUAAUCAUAUUACUUUACUUCUUCAAUAUUCUUCCAAACAAUUUGCGAAUCCAAAAGAGCAUCCCACUUCAGUUGGAUUUUCACCGAAUGCGAUAGUUGCGGGAUAUUUCAAUAAUGACACUGACCUGGAUAUUGCAUAUAGUGAUUCCGACUCUAAUCAGAUAGGAAUCUCUCUUGGAAACGGGGAUGGAACAUUCUCCUUCCUUCAAACAUAUUACACUGGAAAUAACACAGGUCCCUACAUGCUUACUACAGGUGAUUUCGACAAUGACACUAUAUUAGAUCUUGCCUUUCCAAACAUCUACAAUGAUAGCGUUGGAGUUUAUUUUGGAGAUGGUAAAGGCUAUUUAACAACUUUUCUUCUACUUGCUACGGAGUACAAUUCACAGGCACGUUGCUUAGCAGUAGGAGACUUUAAUAAUGAUGGAACACUUGAUAUUGCGGUUAGUAAUUCUGGUGUAGAUACCGUUGGUGUCUUUUUGGGAGACGGCAAUCGCAAAUUCUCGUCAGAAAUUAAAUCUUCAACAGGUUCUAAUUCUUAUCCUACGUCACUCGCCAUUGGUGAUUUCAACCAAGACAAUCGACUUGAUAUUGCGAUCACGGCUAUUGGAUAUAGUAGUAUUAUCAUUCUGUUCGGAUCUGGAGACGGAAAUUUUAUGGUACAAGCAAUUUAUUUUGUUUCUGAUGAUACCUGUGUGAUGACUAUAGCUGUUGAUGAUUUUAAUAAAGACGGUCAUUUGGAUAUUGCACUUCUCCAGCCAGUGAGCAAUCGUCUCAGUAUUUAUAUUGGAUCUAAAAAUGGAACUUUCGAUUUGACUUACAUCUGUUCAACAGAAGAUGGGUCAACGCCUUAUUAUUUUGUAGUUGGAGAUUUUGACAAUGAUAGCGAACUUGAUCUUGCAUUUGCUAACUGGGGUACUGGUACAAUUAGCGUAUUUUUUGGUAGCGGAAAUGGGAGUUUUCUGAGACAAUCUAGUUAUCCCAUUGGAGAUGGUUCAUUACCAUUGGCUAUUGCCAAAGGUAACUUCAACAACGAUCAGUGGUUAGACGUUGUGAUUACUAAUUCUCGGACGACCGACAUAGAUGUAGUUCUAGGACUUGAUAUAGUCGAUAAAUACAAUCUAACCAUCUAUUCGACUGGCUCCAGCCCACAUUCAUCUUCAGUUUCAGUUGGUGACUUCAACAAUGACAAUCUACCAGAUAUUGCCAUUGCGAACACAGCUCAUGGAAACGUUGGUAUUCGGCUUGGGUUAGUCACUAGAACGUUUGGACCCGAAAUAACCUACUCUACAAAAUCUAAUUCGUAUCCUGCAUAUUUAACUACUGAUGAUCUCAACAAUGACAAUCUAACGGAUAUUCUUGUUGCUAAUACGAGAAACGACAGCAUCGUUUUACUUCUCGGAUAUCGAAAUGGAAGUUUCGAAACACAAGAGAUUUAUCCAACAGGGACUGGAUCCCAUCCGAGUUCGAUCAUUGCUGGUGACUUCAACAACGACAAAAUACUUGAUCUUGUUGUGGCCAAUCAGGGAACCAAUAAUAUUGGAUUAUUUCUUGGAAUUGCCAAUCCAACUUUUGAAAUUAAAGAGAUUAUUUCAACAGGGUGUUUUUCGAGACCGAUUGAUAUCGUUUGCGGUGACUUUAAUGGUGACCACCGAUUAGAUGUAGCUGUGGUAUCUGAUGCAGACAGCAAUAUGCUUAUUUUUCUAGGUAAAGGUGAUGGUACUUUUACAAACCGAACAGUUUAUUCUACUGGAAUCAAUGCUUUUCCUGUGUCAAUAGCAACUGGAGACUUCAACAACGAUACCAUCUUGGACCUUGCCGUUGGAAAUUCAGCGUCUCCAAACAUUGUUAUAUUCGUGGGAUUGGGCAAUGGAACAUUUGUAACGUAUGUGGCAUAUCAGAUGGAAACCGGAUCUAGUGUAUAUUCAGUUGCUGUCGGUGAUUUCAACAACGAUAUUCACCUCGACAUAGUAGUGACGGAUAUUGCACAUAACAGCAUAUUUCUUUUAUUCGGAUACGGAAAUGGAACCUUCUUCAAUCAAACUAUUUAUUCAGUUGGUCCUGCUUCUUCUCCAGCAGGGAUUUCUGUCAGUGAUAUAAACAAAGAUGGCUACCUCGAUAUUGUUGUAGCUCUGGCUGCCAUAAAUCAAGUCGCUAUUCUUCUGGGAAGCAAUGCUACUGUUUUUGAUACACCUUUGCUGCAGGAUGUCGGAAGUGGGAUGGAACCAGUAUCGGUUGCUACCGGUGACUUCAAUAUUAACAGCUACAUGGAUAUUGUUGUUGCUAAUUACCAAUCCGGAGAUAUUACUAUUCUAUUAGAUUAUCGUAAUAAAACUUUUGCCAGUUUCAAAAUGUACGCAAUCAAAAACAACUCAUAUCCAAUGAUGGUCGCAAUCGGUGAUUUGAACGAUGACAAUCGAAUCGAUAUUGCAGUUAGUCUUUUAGGUGGUCAUGCUAUAGCAUUGUUUUUUGGUUAUGGCAAUGGUGAUUUUACUGAAUAUAUGACAUGGUCAACUGGAUCUGGAUCAGGCCCAAAUGCACUCACACUUGGUGAUUAUAACAGUGACGGUUUGAUCGAUAUUGUUGUUGCAGAUGGACGAUUGAAUAACGUAGGGUUACUUCUUCGUAAGAAAAGCCAACUCUUUCUGAAUCAGAUCAGCGUUUUUACUGGAUUGAACUCACAUCCUUGUUCGGUUGCAGUUGCUGAUUUCAAUCAUGAUGGUGUCGUCGAUAUUGCCGUUGCUAAUCAAGGAAAUGACAAUGUGGGUAUUUUCAUAAGUCAAUGGGACGGAAGUUUGUCUGUUCAAAAAACGUUUUCGACAGGAAAUGGUUCAAGUCCUCAAUCAAUUGCAGUCGGAGAUUUCAAUAAUGAUACGUUGAUAGAUUUGGCCUUUAUUAGCCCAACAGCCAGUUUUCUAGGUGUUCUCUUGGGAGAUGGGCUUGGAAACUUUCCGUUUUUAAUGAAAUAUUCCACAGGUGUCAGUUCUUCGCCAGCUUCACUGAUGGUCUAUGAUUUAAACGGCGACGAUGUCUUAGAUAUUGCUGUUGCUAAUGCACAAAGCAAUAACCUCUAUGUAUUCUAUGGCAAUGGAAAUGGAAGUUUUCCGAGGUCAGAAUCGUAUGCGCUCAAAUAUGGCUCUCAUCCUUUCUGCGUCGUAGUUGCUGAUUUCAAUCAAGACAAUUUGUUGGAUAUUGUUGUUCUAGAACAGGGUUCAGAUGAAGUGGAUAUACUUCAGCAAGUAUGUGACAAUUAA